UGUAACGAAUACUACGAUAAUGUAACAGGGGUAGAACUCGCGACGCUUGAAAACAUUUAUUAUCUAAACUAAAAUUUAUUCUUUCGCGUAUAUUUAAGAAAUAGACUUUUUUGAAAUAGACAGAAUAAAAAAAGAAAUAACAACAAGGAUUUUUUGGUUAGCGUUGGCCCAAAAACUUCGCUCUGGGGUUUUCGGUUACGAUCGUUUCUAUCAAUCGUAAAACACGUCACAUAAUGGACGCUGUGGUUUACGCUUCUGUGAGGAGUGCUUACAGUGUUUUCAUGGGAAAAAAAGCAUAAUUUCCUGUGCGAGUCUCCUGUGUAUUUCGUGUGGAAAUGAUAGAAAUAGUUAUUGAACCUGUAUAGUAAUCAUUGAGCAUUCUUGCGUGAGGUGCGAAGUGUGUAGUGAAGAACGAUUGUGCACGUAAGUGUGUACGAGCUGCCUAAAAGGGCUUCCUAACAUCAAGGACUUAUGUUUCAAAAACCAUGAACUUUUUUGAUAAAAUCAAUCACGGAAACGAUGGUUUCGAGUAUGUUUUGUGGUGCUGAUAUUGCUAAGUAAAAAUUACUGUUCACAACGGACUUUUCUAGGCAUAGCCUUCGCGUUUCAAAAGACUGCAUAGAGACGUCAAGUAAAACGAGCUCGAUGUGUCGUCUAACAUAACAGAAUAAAAACAUCAAAGACUUCUCGCCUUUCUACAUUAACAGGCUAAAAAAUAAUAACACAAACAGCAUACUUUAGCAAGACCAAACCAUCAGCAUGUAACAAACUUUACCCAUAAACUUUUAUGCACAAAGUUUGACAAUGCUACUCGUUUUACAUACAGCAACAAGAAUUGUGUACUCCACUCUGUUAAAUUACAAAAAGGGAAACCCACCAGGGGUUUAAAGCGUAUUCUUUAUUUUUAAUUUGUACAUGGACAUACGUAUAUACUUGAGCAUUCUAAAAAGAGAGGAAAAAAAAGAAGUUGUUUUUGUUUGCUAAACAUUGUUUCUACAGAAACAGAAACUUUUGCGCUAUUAGGCAUAACUUGUAUCUACCUGCAGCAAGAAGCACUCUUAAGUUUUGUGAAAAUAGUAGACGUAUAUAGGAAACUUCUAUGAAACUUGUAAAUGUUUCGAUUAAACAGCAUAAGGACAAUCUUAACGUCAAAGUUUUCGACGAAUGGACUUUUCAAUCUCUUACUACAGUGACGUUAAAUCGGAUUUUACGUGUGAUCCUCUGAACUUUUCUUCUUAUAUACUAAAAAUGUUACUGCAUUAUUUUCUACCGUGUAAUUGUUGUAAGAUGUACGAGAUCCGUUCGAAUAUGAUAUUGUUCUCGGACGAGUAUCGCCGCAUACCGGAUAUCCAUCUAGUAAGUCCUUUUUUAUAUUUGCGUUUCAGAAAAGGUUUAAAGGCACCAGAACUGCAUUGGCUUCAUGCGAGAAAACCCGAAAAAUCCAGAAACGCAAAGCCUGGAUGAUGGGAUAAACAACAAGAUACUUUUGAGCCUUAGUGAAAGUGAAUGUCAAAUAAAAAGUGAAAUUAUGGACAAUAAUACAGAUGGGGACAACUUAAAUUUGAGCUGCGGAGAAAAUGACAUAGUGGACGAAUUAAAAAUUGCCGCCGAUGAAACGUACGAUACCCGUAGCGAGGUUUCAUCUAGCAGUUCGAAUUCUGAUUCUAGUCAACCCAGUAUAAGCUCCGUUUCAACGAAAUCGUCGCGCGGAGAUAACAAGCGUAAUCGGAAGAAUAGGGGAAAACGUGGAAGGUCGAGAGAUUCUAAAUCAUCUAGUCCAGAAACAAAACGUGCAAGAUCCAAGGAGAGCAAAGGAAUAGCUAAGAGCUACGAUUAUGCUACAAAAUUAAAUUACUUAUUUAGAGAUGCAAGAUUUUUCAUCAUCAAAUCGAAUAAUGCCGAAAAUGUCACGCUCUCCAAGGCCAAAGGUGUAUGGAGUACGCUGCCCCAAAAUGAAGCCAAUUUAAAUCAAGCUUACAGGGAGUCAAGGAAUGUUCUACUUGUUUUUUCUGUAAAGGAAUCAGGAAAAUUUGCUGGGUUUGCACGACUUUGCACAGAGUCUAGAAGAGAUGGAGCACCUAUUUCCUGGGUGUUACCUCCUGGUUUAUCGGCUAAAGCUUUAGGUGGUGUAUUUAAAGUGGAUUGGAUAUGUAGGAAAGAAUUGCCAUUUACGGCAACGUUACACUUGUAUAAUCCAUGGAAUGACGGUAAGCAAGUGAAAAUUGGCCGAGACGGGCAAGAAAUCGAGCCCAGAGUUGCAGAAGAAUUAUGCAGGUUGUUUCCAGAGGAUGAAGGUAUCGAAAUGACUCCAAUUUUAAGAAAAUCUAAGGAAGCAGCGAAACAUGUCACAAAAUCGUCUCGUUCGUAUCGGGACAACAGACCUGUUAAUAACAGUUCUAGGUUUUUACGAUCGAGAGGUGGUAGGGGACGUAGACUCUUCCUAACCUCGAGAUCUCGUUUAGCUUCUUUAGCUAGGGGAUCUCACUUAGGUGGGAACGAUCAUAGAGCAUCGAGGGAUCAUCAUCAUCGAUAUGCUAGUUGGUUCAAUCGCGGCGAUUCUCCUUAUUCAAAGGGAUACGGUAGUCCUGGAUUAGGUGUAGCCGCGGCAGCUGAAGCAUACGUAGCAGAUUACAUGCGUACUAUGCAACAUCAAUUACCUCCGUUGCCUCCUUAUGCUGCACCUCAUCCGUAUGAUUCUCUACCUCUGCCACCGCCACCACCCAGGUAUUACGACGGACUACCACUGCCACCCGAUUAUAGUGCAGCCGCUUCUGCACUUGAAAAACGCAGCUAUGAAAGAAGUGUAGAUGAAUUUUUAUGGAGAACGGCGAGUCGGCAUAGCCGACAUAGCGAUCAUCGAUCCUCGCGGGAUCAUCACAGAUACAGGGAUCGUAGAUAAGAAAUUUUUUAAUAUCGUUUUCAUCCAUUUAUACUUUCAUUUUUCAAUUCAUGCACAUAUUUUGCACAUAUGCAGGGCUUUCAAGGUAUCGCAACACUUACGAUCAUGCAACAAAUGUUUAAUCACAUAGUUAUUUUGUAUUAGUGAUACAAAUUAAAAUAGUUUAAAGUUUUUAAAUGUACACGUAUACAUUUAAAGAAAUGUGUAAUUUUUAACGUAAUUGAAACACUAUGCGUGUUUUAAUAAAAGUGUCAUACUAAAAAGCAUAUAAAGUACUUUGUAUGUGUAAUAAUCAUGAAUGAAAAUUGGAUACUUAAUUCGAUUAAUUUUUUGUUCACGUAAUACAUAGUACAAGAAAGUAAAUAACGAAUAUAUGAGAGAUAAAAAAAAAAUCGAAUUUCACAAUGAUUCACAAUCGAUCGAAUCCUAUAUUAUUUGCAUUUAGCAACGAAGAAGAAUAAUUUGUACUGUCGAUUCAGUAGAAUUUAUUUUCUUGUUAAGUUUUUCUAUCUCGUACGAUAUAAGUAUUAUUUAUAUAUUUUUGUAAUUCUUACAUGUAUAAAUAGUUUUGCUUAUAUACAUAUACAUAAACAUUCAAUUGUGAAUCAGUGUGACUAUUUCUGUAAUCGUGUUUUUGUAUUAAUAUUCGAAUUUCCAUAAUCAAAUUUGAAGAGACAUAUAUACAAUUUCAACAUAUGCCAUUCUAAUAAAUAAAUAAAAAAAAAAAAAAAAUACUUUUGCAGCACUUCGAUACAACACAUUAUAAAAUAAAUCAUUAAUAAUUCUUCCAGUUGCUGCAAUACAAAUUUUGUAUAAACAUUUGUAAUUGUUCAUUUCAAAAGAGAAUAUUUUUGUUACAGUCGUCAAUAUAGGUCACUUAUAAAUUACAAGUAAUUAUUAAAUCA